AUGGACAAGAGCUCCAUGAGAGAACCAGAUGCCAUCCUGACCGUUCUGGCAAAACUAGAACUCGCAGGUAACGCAGUCUCCACACCAGGCCAGGCUCGUCCAGGUUUUAACCUAAACCAGCUGGCUGGGCCAGUCAGCGCGCUGCGGGCGGGAGCAGGCCGCGCGGGCGCACGUGCGCGCGCUCGCUCCGGGAUGGGCACCCUGCGAGUGUGGAGGGGGCUGCCGGGAGGCUGGCUGCGGGGGCUGGGGCUGUGCGCGCCGCUCGGGGGCGCGGGCUUCAGCAGCGAGACCCGGCGACCGGCGCACGCUCGAGGCUCCCGCAGGCCCACGGGUCCGGCCGUGGAGCAGCCCUUUCCCGGAAGGCUGCGGACAGAGACUCUCGGGCGGGAGGAGCUGGUUGACGCGCUGAGGGCCGCCGUGGUGGACCGGGAAGGGCCUCUGUUGACACUGAACAAGCCACAGGGUCUACCUGUGACAGGAAAACCAGGAGAGCUGACCUUGCUGUCGGUACUGCCACAGCUGAGCCAGUCCCUGGGGCUCAGGGAGCGGGAGCUCCAGGUUGUCCGAGCACCAGAGAAGGAGGCCUCUGGGCUUGUGCUCCUCUCCAGUUGUCCCCAGACAGCAAGCCACCUCCAAAAGUUCUUCAGCCACUCAAGGAGAGCCCAGAGACCCACAGCCACUUACUGUGCUGUCACGUAUGGCAUCCCAGCUCCUCGUGAGGGGAAGAUCUCUGUGGCUCUGAAGCUGGAAUGUCUCAAUGGUAUCAAUCUUCAGCAAGAUGUGUGGGUGGCACUCCCAGGUGUGGAUGUUUGUUCUUGGCUGGCACCACAGGCUGUUCCAGUGGAGUCCCCAUCUCGAAAGGACACCCAGAAAGGCAUCAAGAAGACCAUUAGCCACUUCCAUGUAAUGGCCACAGGCCAUGGCUGUGCCCUGGUCCAGUUGCAGCCACUGACAGUGUUCCCCAAUCAGCUACAGGUUCACAUGGUGCUACAGCUCUGCCCUCUGCUGGGAGACCACACUUAUGCUGUUCGCAUGGGCACUGUCUUGGGCCAGCGCAUCCUGUUGCCAGCUGAGAGCACCAAGCCCCAGAGACAGGUCCUGGAUGAAAUUCUCCUCAGACGCCUGCACCUGACUCCCUCCCAGGCCGCCCAGAUGCCCUUGCACCUCCACCUGCAUUGCCUCCUCCUUCCCGGCACCAGGAGCAGGGGUGCCACCAGAGAGCUUCUGGCACCCCCGCCCCCUUAUUUCUCUCGGACCCUGCAGUGCCUACAGCUCUCUCAACAAUAGGGAGUAAGGGAGAGGUCUGUGUCUGGGUCACAGUGCUGAGCCUGUUGCAAGUCCUAGGCUCCACAGUCAUGCAAACCUACGAUGAGAUCUUUGUAGGCACUUGCUUCCUUUUGUGGCACUGGGCAAGUGACUUCUCCCUGGACUUGAAAUAAUAAACGUUCCUACCUCA